AUGUCAUCUUUAGUAGAGAAGGUAAAGAAGAGCCAAUAUGAGGACCCCAUGUUAGUUCAUCAUAGGGAUGUACUUCCUCAGAAAAAGGAGUCACUAUUUGAGGUUCCUGCAGAUAGAGUUCUCAAGUACCAUGGCAGAUUAUGUGUUCCUGAUGUUGCAAGAUUACGUCGACAGAUUUUUGAAGAAGCCCAUCAUUCCCAUUAUUCUGUCCAUCCAAGAGAGAAAAAGAUGGCUGCAAGCUCCCGCUCUCGAGUCUUUCUCUAUUUGGAUCCCCCAAUUUUCACAGGUUCCAACUCGAAAGAGGAUCCUCAGGACUGUAUUGAUCAUAUGGGUCGAGCCUUGAGGGUAAUGUAUUCCUCUAACACGGAAUUAGUAGAAUUGGCUUCAUAUAGGUUGAGGGAUGUAGCGGCAGUAUGGUACGAAUCAUGGCUCAUGUCUAGGGGAGAAAAUGCUCCUCCAAUGGUAUGGUUUGAGUUUACUAAGGCCUUUUUGGCUCACUAUUUUCCCGUUGAGAUUCGACGGGCUAGGGUUGAUAAGUUUCUAUCGCUACAACAGAAUAACAUGAGUGCUCGGGAAUAUAGCCUGAAAUUUAACUCUUUGACCAGAUAUGCCCCUGCAAUUAUUGCAGAAAUGGAAGAUAGGGCGUAUGCGCAAAAUUUGGAGGACCGUAUAAGACAGCAGAGGGCCGAACAAAAUCCAGAUAGAGGUCGUUAUAAGCGGGCAAGAUCCGCGGGUUAUUCAGGUGACUACCAAGGAGGCUAUAAGCCACAUUCAUUUAGACGACCAGCCCCUUCAGUGGUUAGUGCACCUACUCAGUUCCAGGGGCAGCGUUAUGACCGUUCCACUUAUUCUGGUCCUUGCCAGAAUUCAAAGGCGUCGCGUUCUUCUCAUAGGGGUGGCCUUAGUCAGGCACGACCCCCACUUCCUCAUUGCGAUCAGUGUGGUAAGGGCCAUUUUGUCUAG